GUGUUCCACCUGUGUUUUGUCUUUAUCUCACCUGUGUUUAAUUUUUGCCCCCCUGUCUCUGUGCUCCCCAGUGUCUUUGUUGGUUAACUUUAAAAGUUUUUUUUGUUUUGUUUUUUAAGUUUAAUUCCACAUGUUCAUUCUUUUCUGUUCCUUGUUUUUUGUCUUCCCCGCGCUCUGGACUUCAUGAGUUCCUGGUCUGCUCCCCGUAGUUCUCCAUGUUGUUUUUCUUCGGUUUGAAUUUGACCCUUUGUCUAAGUUUAAUUUAUUAGAAACACGUUCUGUUAAUUUGUUUUCCCCCACAAACUGCAUUUUGUGACCCACGGAUUCCAAACAAUGCCAAAUUGGAUUACUACCACGAGAGUCGUCUCCAUGGAAACCCUCGAGGAGGCACAAUAAACAUUUCUUUAGUGUAAUCAGAAACAUGAGUGGAGAAAGUGACUACAGCAAACAUGACCUGACGCGUCUGCAGGCAGACCUUGAACAGGAGAGGGAAAUGAGAGCGAUGCUUGAAGAUUCAGUGUCUGACUUGCGCAGCACCAUGUGUGAACUACAAGGAAGACUACACAGUGUUGAUGGAGAAGGUAAUGAGUGGAAGACGAGGUAUGAGACGCAGGUGGAGCUGAAUGGACAGUUGGACAGACAGAUCUCACUCAUUCACGAGAGGCUGGAGGACAUGCGAGGCAACCCCAUGGAUCGAUUGGCCUCAAUCCGCUCCUUUGAUGACAUGCCAGUAGAAUCUCUGCGGCAGCGUGUGAAGCUCCUGAGUGAAGAGAAGUCUGACCUCCAGAGUCAGCUGAUGGACUGUCUGCACAGAACUGAGCAGGAGGGAAAGGCUUUUCACAAGACCAACGACGAGCGCCGAGCGUAUCUUUCUGAAAUUGCUAAGCUCUCCUCCACCAUUGAAGGCCAGAGAAGACAGUACUCCACUCAUCCACAGAGAGCAGCGGAGAGCAAACUGAGGAGCUCAGUGAGACACAGCAGAGGAAAGCAGACCAGCAGGAAUGCAGAGGCUAAUUUAAAAAAAGGAAACGAGAGAGCAGAAGAUGGAGGAACAGCCGAGAGGCGAGAAGAGGAGAAAUCCCAAAGGGGGAGCAGGUUACCCACCCUAAAGCACUACCUGGAACACUAACACUAAUCGCAGUAGAAAGUGUCCAUAUAUGGUUACAUUUUCAUUGUUGUUUUAUUGUUUACUUACAUGCCUACCACCUUCCUAUGGCUUUGUUCACAUUUUCUCAAAAGCCAAUUGUGGAGAAACAAUGCGGUUUUUGUAUGUAGAUUUCUCAACCCACGUGCAACAGUUCUGUGUCCUAAUCCAGUGUUUAUUUUACAGCUAUACGCUGAACUCACUGUGUAAAUUGUCACAUUUAUGAUGUGGCAGGAGCCUGUUGAGGCAGUUUUUUUUUUUUUUUUUUAAACCAACCACCACCUCCAACUUUCAUUACAUAAGAAACACCACGUCCAUUACUUUGGUUGCACAGUAGAUGAACUACAUUCAUACAGUUUUCCCCAUCCCACCCACUGGCCUCCCUGAUACUGUGGGUGUGAGAAAUCUCUGUGAAGGAGUUGCGGAGGAUGGGUUCACUUUCUGUCAGCUUCAUAAUUGAGUAGAAACAAUAACUUGUAAAAACGUGGUUUUAAAAACAACCAGUUUGAAGUCAUUAUUCAGUUUCAUCUCUUUUGCUUUAAUUUAGCCUUAAAUACUUUAGUUCAGCCACAAUUUUUUUGUAGCUGUGACAGUUUGAGCCUCUGUGCUACUAAUUACAGGUCCCUGCUCUGAUUGUUUGCACCUGUCCUAUUAAGUGCUCUCCUAAUCGUUAUACUAUAUACAGUAUUAUCACCUUGUUACUUCACUCUUUCCUCGUUUGUCUCAUCGUAUACAUAGCAUCCCAAUUAUUUUUUUAUUCCACCUUUUCCUAGUGUAUGACCUAGUUUUCCUGUCCCCUAAAUCGGCCUUUUUUUAGUCUGGUGAUUCUAUUCUGUUGCCUUUUUCUUUACUGAUUUGGUCUACUGAUCAUUUUGCAUAUCCUCUGUCCUUCAAUUCCCAAGAGUUCCUGAGACGAGACUGCCAGGAUAUUGUUUUUUUAAUAUAAAAAGAUAACUUGCCUUUAACGUGAUGGGCAGAAAUCAAGCCCCAAGCAUCAGACCACGACAACUAUCCUUUAGUAUGACUUGUAUUCAACACCUUUUACACUAACAGUGUAUUUGUAUUGGUACGUACAUGCUAUAAGGUAUAGUUAAAGCUAAACUAAAUAACUAAAUGCCAAUAUGUCACCCUUUUAAAGGAGACAUGUCUUUGCCGUCACUUUUUUUAGCAUCUAAAAUCCUUUAAACUGCUCAACGUCAGGUCCAUUUUACCGUUUGUGGCGUUCUACUUGUAUUUCUGUUCCUGCAUGCUCGGCUGAGUUGGUGCACCGUCCUAAAUGUGCUGCAGUGCCAGUUUGUUUCACUUACAAAAAUGACUUGACUUGAAUAAAUAAAAAUGGCCAGUCCACAGACUGAGCACAUUUCCCUCA